UUCUUUCAAGUCAGAGAAAUCACACCAACGCAACCACAAAACCCUAGCACUGUAAGCCUACACCACCGCCACAAGGAGUGGCAUACUGCCGCCGUCCGUCGCACUCAAAGUUCGCAAUCCGUCAUCUAGCUUCCCUCGUGCUCCAAGUCUUCAACCCCUGUUCGCUGUCACCGAUCGCGGUUGCUUCCUCAAGCUCGGCGUCCGUCGUCUUUGUCUGCUCAGCCGCGCUUCCGUCGCCGUUUGUUUGCCGUUCACGUUCGCGUCUUCGUUCGCGUUCGCUCGGCGUUCACCGUUCGCGUUCGUCUGGAAGCCACGUUGCUCUGCUUCAAACUCUGCGACCAACCCGCGCCUCCACUCAGCCGUCGAACUGCUAUCUGUUGUCCCCGCCGUUUUUUCGGUUGAAUCACCGGUUAGACCGGUUGGACCAGUGAACCAGUAACUAAAGAGAUUUGAUGACCGGUCCGAUUCUCAGAACCUUGCUUGAAACAGAAGAUUUGAAAAACCGACGUUGGAUCAUCGAACCGGCCGGAAAUCGGUCGGUUGGAUCCGGCCGAUUUUUUUUAAAUUUUGCAAAACGCCAUCGUUUUGCUGGGAUGCCCCAGCCAAUUACCCAACCCAGCAAGGCAGCAACCUUAGCUCCACACAACGACUAAACGUGAACCCAUCCCUCCCAUCACCCUCGAGCUCCUCCUUCCUCUCACCGUCAUUGAUCUCACUCCCUCACCUCCGUCCAUCUCCCGCCGCCGUCACCGAAACGAGCUUCAAAGCCACCGUCGUUAUCGUGCAGCUCUGUUCCACCAUCGUGCAGCUACUGUUUCAGCUUUGAAAGCACCCUCGCGCAGCUCUGUUCCAUCAUCGCCGGCGCUAUCUCUGUUCCACCUGUCAUCCCUUCGGCCGUGCUCUUGUCCCCCUCUUGCUCAGGAUCUGCCCUGCUCUGUUCUAGGGCUUCUAGCUUCUAGAAGAUGAUGGGGUCUUCAAGCUUGAAUCCUUUGAAACUAAAUGUUGCACAUGGGGUAUGCCUGUUUUGUCCUGCUGUGCUCUGUUGACUGUUGUGCUGUGUUUCUGUGUUCAAUUAAAAUUUUUCUUUGAGAACUUACCUUUGCUAUACUUGAUAAAUUGUGCCAAUUAUGCAUUUCUUGAAAUUGGUAUGCCUCUGUAGAUUCUAAAUAGUGCGUUUCAUGUUUCUGAUUUUGAUAAUUUGAGUAGUUUAUGAAGCAUAGUUCACUGUUAUUGCAAAUGAUUUGGGACUGCUUUUGAGGAGUGUAUGAAGUAGAUUACUUGCUGUGUUUGGAGUUGUUUAUUAAUUAAAUUGGUUAAUUUGUUAUUUGAGCCAUGUUACAGCUUGUUGUUAAAUAAAGUUUAAAGCUCCAAUAUCCAUUUGUUCGUUGGCAAUGUUAAUAUUAUUAAUAAUAUUAAUAAUAAUAUUAAUCACAAAGUGGAGAGGGAUUGUAGAAUUUGUCACAUAGGUUUGGAGAGUGAUAGUUCUGAGUCUGGUGUUCCAAUUGAAUUGGGUUGUGCUUGUAAAGAUGAUUUUGUUGCUGCUCACAAAGUAUGUGCUGAGACAUGGUUUAAGAUUAAGGAGAAUUUGAGUAUAAAUCCCAUCUUUACUUUAUUUUGUUUAACUGCAAAAUUUGGUUUUUGAUAUUUUUUAAUGCUAAAUUUGAUUGAUUCUAUGGAUAUUUUAGACACCUUUUUGUUUAUGAUUCAUGGAAUUGAGAAUUGGAUUGUUUGGGACUGUUCUAUAUGUAUAGUUGUUCUGAGUUUGACAAAUAUUCUCAAUUACUUACAGCUAUGGUUUCCUUCUUGGAUGGGAUUUUAUUUUUCCAAAAGAAAUCAUAGAGAAUUAGGGUUGUGAAUUGUUUAAAAAAAAACUUGAGUUUGUAUUUUGAUAAGAUCAUAUGGUUUUGAUUUAUGACAUUUCAUGUAGUGUUUUAAAUUUGGAAGAUAUUUUAAGAUUUAUAUUAGACUAUAAUUAUAUUUUAGUAUGUAUAUUUGUAAUUUAUUUAUUAUUUUAUUCUAAAACAGUUUUUCCGGUUGAAUUACGGUUAGACCAGUUGGACCAAUGAUCUAGUGAACCAGUGACUAGAACGGUUUGAUGACCGGUUCGGUUCUCAGAUACUUGCUUUGUACAACUCCAAUAUCCAAAUCUUUUGUACUAUAAAUUAUUUUAAAUAAAAUACCUUUUAAAUUUAACUUUAGUUUACCCAUAUUUAAUUUAAUUCUACAAAACAGCCAUUUUUAAUAUUUAUUAUAUACUAUCAUUAAUUUACUGUCCGCGCAUCGCGUGGGUCUCAUUCUAGUUAUUUUAAUGUCUAUUCUGAUUGAUGAGAGCACAAUAACACAAGUUUUACCUCCGAAAGCCCAAACACCACCAUCUUUUCCACACUAUGAAGAAGCUGUUCCUCCUUGGCACCUGGAAGUGCAACUGCUGGAAGCAAAGGUUUCGACUUUUCACCACCCUUUUGGAAGAUUUGGAUACCCCUCGUCUCCGUCACGUGAUCGCCACCAACAUUUCCAUUAGCAGGAGAGUUAAAUCCGGCGAACCUGAAUUAGCACGCCACCUGUUCGACGAUAUGCCGCUUCGAACUGUUUCCACUUGGAAUACUAUGAUUUCCGGAUAUUCGCAAUGGGGCUGCUACGUUGAAGCUCUGGCCCUUGCUUCCCUCAUGCACCACUCUUGCGUCAAGCUUGACGAGGUCUCUUUCUCUUCGGUGUUGAGCGCAUGCUCACGUUAUGGGUCACUUGUUCAUGGGAAGCAAGUUCAUUCAUUGCUUUUGAGGUCUGGAUACGAGAGAUUUGGCCUUGUGGGGAGUGCUUUGUUGUAUUUUUACGUUCAGUGUUGUGGAAUUGGAGAAGCUAAGGUAAUUUUUGAGGAGCUUCAUGGCGGGAAUGAUGUGUUAUGGAGCUUGAUGCUUGCGGGUUAUGUGCUGCGUGACAAUAUGGGUGAGGCUCUGGACAUGUUUGAAAAGAUGCCUGAUCGUGAUGUUGUGGCUUGGACCAUGUUGAUCUCUGGGUAUGCGAAGAGGGAAGAUGGACGUGAGAGGGCUUUGGAUUUGUUUUGGUGUAUGAGGAAUUCUGGAGUGUUGCCUAAUGAGGUCACGUUGUGCUCUGUUGUGAGAGUUUGCACUAGACUGAGGGCUCUAUGGCAGGGGAAGGUUGUUCAUGGGCAUUGCAUCAAGGAAGGGUUUGCUUUUGAUAAUGCGAUUGGUGGCGGGUUGAUUGAGUUUUAUUGUGAUUGUGAAGCCAUAGGUGAUGCCAAGAGAGUUCAUGAGAGCAUGAGAGGUGAAACUUAUUUGAAUGUGACUAACUUGUUGAUUGGUUGCCUUAUCUCCGCGGGGAAGAUUGAAGAAGCUGAGAUGAUAUUUUACAGGUUGAGAGAGACGAAUCACGUAUCAUAUAAUUUGAUGAUUAAAGGUUAUGCUAUGAUUGGUCAUUUUGAGAAGUCAAAGAAAUUAUUCAAUCAAAUGAGUCUCAAGGAUUUAACUUCCUUAAAUACCAUGAUAUCUGUGUACUCCAAAAACGGUGAACUUGAUGAAGCUGUGAAGCUUUUUGACAAAACUAAAGAUGAGAAAAACCCUGUGACAUGGAAUUCGAUGAUGUCUGGUUGUAUUCAAAAUGGCCAGUACAUGAAGGCAUUAAAAUUAUACGUGGAGAUGCGUAGGUUAUCAGUUGAUUAUAGCAGAUCGACGUUCUCUGUUUUAUUUCGUGCAUGUUCAUCUCUAGGUUCUUUUCAGCAAGGACGGUUGCUUCAUGGCCACUUAACCAAGACACCGUUCCAAGCAAAUGUUUAUGUUGGGACUGCCCUUAUAGACUUCUACUCCAAAUGUGGUCGCUUGGCUGAUGCUCAAAGGUCAUUCCUCAGCAUUUUUUCACCCAAUGUAGCAGCAUGGACAGCUCUUAUUAAUGGGUAUGCAUAUCAUGGACUUGGAUCCGAGGCAAUUUUACUCUUCCACUCGAUGUUAGUUCAAGGAGUUGUGCCAAAUGCAGCUACUUUUGUUGGCAUACUUUCUGCCUGCUCCCAUGCCGGUCUAGUUGAUGAAGGUUUGAAAAUCUUCCACUCGAUGGAGGAACUUUACAAAGUAACCCCAAGCAUAGAACAUUACACAUGUGUGGUGGAUCUUCUUGGUCGAUCAGGCCAUGUAAGAGAAGCUGAAGAGUUUAUUAGAAAGAUGCCUAUUGAAGCAGAUAGGGUGAUUUGGGGAGCUUUACUGCAUGCAUGUUGGUUCUGGAAGGACAUGGAAGUAGGGGAGAAAGCUGCUGAAAAGUUGUUCAGCUUGGAUCCGAACCCAACAGUGCCUUUGGUAAUUCUGUCAAAUAUGUAUGCGGUGCUAGGUAGAUGGGGGCAGAAGUCAAUUCUUAGGAAGAGAUUGCAGAGUGUAAAAUUGAGAAAAGAUCCAGGGUGCAGCUGGAUUGAAUUAAACAAUAUUCAUCUGUUCUUGGUAGAGGAUAAAACACAUCCUUAUUCUGAUGUUAUUUAUGCAACUGUAGAGCAUUUAGCAGCAACCAUUAAUUCUAGCAUACCCUUCAAUUAUCUCUAUAGCAGCAACGGCAAACAUCAUGAAUAAUGCAAAGUUGCAAACUGCAGAUCCUAUGUUACUUCUGAUUUGGUCACUGAACUGAAUAUUUCUCGAGAGACCAUUGAGCUUUAACUAUUUUAGCAUCGAUCAUGCGAAGGAUCAAUAUAUCAUGGUUUGCCUCUAAAUCAAUAAUGAAAUUACUUGAUUGUGUUAAUCAUUUAACAUAUUUUAUGCUUUCAUCAGAAGUAGCUGAUGUGAGUGACGGAGAACUAACCAGCUACCAUUAAACGUAUUACUGCUAAAUCUCAUUGCCUCAUAGGGUUCUUUAACACUUCAAUUUGAAAGACAGCAAUUGGGAAAAUCCGGCAUGGGGCCUGUGAUGUCCUUUUAACUUCUAUGAAUACUAUCUGAUAUUUCUUUAUCUACAGCAAAUGUAUUAUUUGAGGAGGACCCUGAGAAAGGAUUAGCUAGAGGGCUAACCACAGAAGAAUCCAUUCACAUACUUGUUGAAUCAAAUGAUUCAUCUGAAAUUAGUCACCAAGUUCAUAAAGAAAUAGUUCAAAUAAAAAAAAAAGGACUCAGAUGCAAUAGAGAAGAAAAGUCAUGCUGAUUUUUUAUAACAGUGCAUGGUCCUUACCAGGGGAUCUUUUGUGAACAUGUAAAGUAAAGUAGGCUAUCACUGGUUGCGCCUACUUAUCUAUGGUGCUCUGGCUUUAAGUCUUGGUACCAUGUUCUUUGACAUUGGCUCAAGCAGUGAAUCAAUUCAGGCCAGAGCUUCACUGCUUGUAUUUGUUGUUACAUUCCUUACCUUCAUUACUGUUGGUGCAUUCCCUUAUUUUGUGGAAGAUAUGAAGGUGUUUGAAAGAAAAAGACCGAAUGGACAUUAUGGGGUAACUGCAUACACCAUUGGCAACACAUUAUCUUCAGUUCCAUUCUUGCUAUUGAUGUCACUGAUCCCUGGAGCAGUGGUUUAUUACCUAGUUGGACUUCACCAAGGACACCAAGAAUUCAUCUACUUUACAUCUAUACUCUUUGUUUCUGUCUUUUUGGUUGAGGGUCUCAUGAUGAUUGUUGCAAGCAUUGUCUCCAAUUUCCUGCUAGGCAUAAUCUUCGGCACCGGAAUAUUGGGAGUGAUGAUGUUGGAUGGUGGA